AUGGGGAACACUGUGUGUGAGGGCGGUGGUGGGCGGUGGGUGCGCUCCUUCCAGGGCAAUGUCGCCCUGCCAGCCAUCAGGUGGGAUCGCACUUGUCCUGUGUGUAAGAGAGUGUUUGCACGUCCUGCUGAGCUCACCCGCCACCUCCGCACCCACACGGGGGAGAGGCCGUACCAGUGCCCGCUGUGUGGCUACCGCGGCACUCAGGCCGUGCACCUCAAGGCCCACCUGUUACGCCGACACUUUGUACCAAACCAGGCCCCCCUUGUACAUGGGGGCCUAGGGAGUGAGGUGUGGGCAGGACCUGUAGUCAGGAGUGAGCCACUGUUACGAUGGGACCGCAUCUGUCACAUUUGUGGGAAGGGCUUCAGGAGGCCCGCUGAGCUCCGUCGCCACCAGCGGAUCCACACCGGGGAGAAGCCAUACACGUGCUCUAUGUGUCCGUACAGGGCGGCCCAGGCGGUGUUUUCCCAGCUGGGUGGCCCAAGCGGAGGCAUGGCCACUGCUUGGACCGGAGGGAUUGGCAUGCUGGCUGGGCUGCGCUGGGACCGCACCUGCUGCCUGUGCGGAAGAACGUUCAUGCGGCCGGCGGAACUGACCCGGCACAUGCGCUCGCACACAGGGGAGAAGCCCUACGCGUGCCACCUGUGUCCGUGGCGGGGCUCGCAAACGUGGCACCUCAAAAACCACCUGGCGCGGGUGCACCUGGUGACCAACGCGGGCGGCGGGGCGCAGAAUCACCGUGGUUCCUGUGUCGUGCUCGGCGUGGGUGUGGGCAUGGGCGUGGUGAGCAGGCUGGGCCUUGUGCAGGUGGCCUUGGCUAGCCGAGGGCUGCAGUCCGAGGAGGAGGGGGAGGAGGACGCCCUGGACACCAGAAAUCCCUCCGACGCUGAGUUUGCCCUCUUAGGCCUCCCCCCCGGCUCCCACGGUGCCCAGUACGUGUGCAAGUUUUGCGGAAAGAUUUUCUUCUACCCUUCCUCGCUGGAGAAGCACAUCCGCACACACACCGGGGAGAAGCCCUUCAAGUGUCCCCACUGUAACUACUCGGCCAGCCAGAAGAGCCACGUGAAGACGCACUUGCAGCGUCGCCACAAAGGAGGAGAUAUCAGAGUAGCAGUUGAUCGCCAGGCAGCGUUACUGUUCUCCCCCGCGGGCGUGGACGACGAGCGUGCCAUUGGUUGUCACGCGUGGGUGCAGCCGCCGCGCCACCGCCUCCGCCUCCACCUCCGCCUCCGCCUCCACCUCCGCCGCGCCGUUACCCUAGCGGCUACCACAACAUCCGCCUCCAACAGUAGCCGAUUGCUAAGUGCCUCUGGCGUAGUAGAGUUCUCAGGUCAUGUUAAAAAAAAAUGUCGUGCAAAUGCAGAAGCCACGAUUUGCAUUCUUAGGGAAGCCACGGUUGGUAUGACGCUCAAAGUCUACGCGAGUGACGACGACGCAACACUAGGGGCGGCAGCUGAGAGUUUCGGUCUCUUGCAGGGAUUCCUGGGAGACGGCUACAGGCGGCACUGCCCUAUAUGCGGCAAGGGUUUCGACCAGCCCUACAACCUCCAGCGACACAUCCGUACACACACGGGGGAGCGGCCGUACCCAUGCCCCUUCUGCCCGUACGCUGCCUCCGAACGCUCGCACCGCAAGUCCCAUGUAGCCCGCCGCCACCGUCAGGAGUAUGCCACUUGGACCGAGUAGAGUAGCCGCGGGAGGGGCUGGACACGACCGAGGGCCUCCCUUCUCCCCCUCCUCCGGCUCCUCUUCUGCCUCGCUCUUUCUCCUCCGCCCAUUUCGCCUCGUGGGAAAGACACGUCGGUGAAAUGGAGGGGAGAGAAAACAAGAGGUAGAUAGAGGGAAAGAGAGAGAGAUAGAAAGAAAAAACACAACUGACUGUGUGAAAAGAGAGUAAAGCAAAAGAAAGAAAAAGAAAAAAAAGCAGGAGGGGGGGAAUGGAGCCGAAUUUUUCCCAAACGAAGCCAAAAUGCAGGCAGUCGGACAACGUGGGGGAAAGGGGGGGCUGUUGACACGCAAUCACUCGCACGCAAACGUCUCGCACGCAAAAGCCCGAGUCCGAAGCCGUAGCCACACGGGUAGCGGUUGUUGGUUCAAGGUUCAGAUGCUCUGCCUCGUUCCUCAGUGACGUAUAGACUUGGAAACUGUUCAUUGACUCUACGCAACAAUGAAAUAUGAAAAUAAACAUAAACAAAAACCACAAAUAACGAAAGAAAAGAAAAUAGUAAAUAAAUGUUGGAAACCUACGGGAUGUGGCAUUCUGCACGUCAUAUACACGCACGCAUCCGCUGUAACGAGUCCCAAGCCGGUGCCGGUCUCAGCCGAACACCUCGCGCGCGUGUGUGCGUGCGUGUGUGCGUAUGUUCGUGUGUGAGGCGCACGCACACAUCCGCCAGGUGCACGCAAGCGUCGUCACACGCGUGCGUUUGGGGAAUCAAUACACCUCACUCUCACUCAUAUCCGGGUUUGACAAACGAAUAUUUCGUAUGGCAAUAGUAGAGGUUCAGCUGAUUUGUAAUGAAAUGUAUGCUUGAACGUUAACUAAUGUUCUGGAGUGUUAAGGAAAAUGAAAUAAAGUUAAUAAAAAAAACAACUUGCAGGGAUUAUGUGCCGGUAAAUGGGUUUUACAUGCCUAAUAUAUUUACUGUGUUGCUAUAUACUGUAAAAAAAAGCUCAUUUACUGAAGAAUGUGAAAUUUCAGGGAAAUAUUUAUACUGUUUACAGACAGAUAGGUCAAGCGUCGAGCAAAUGUACACAACACCUACAUAGAUUUAUUUUAGUCUGUCAGUGACUACACAGCACUCAUCCUCUUUCAUGUUGCUUGUCAUUUUCCCACAAAGUCAUACAGUUAACUGCAUCCCUCACUCCCUCCCACACAGGUCUUUUACUAAUACUGAAUGUUCUUUGUAUGACACUUGGAACAAUGCCUUUAAACUUUGUUCUGCUCAUACUCCUUGCUACAGACACCACUCCCCUCCCCUCCCCCCCACACACAUACCCCCUCUGUAGAUCCAUACUUUUUAUAUACACUCUUUAUAUAUAUGGGAUAUCAAAGCAGUUCACACACACUUCUUGCCCUCUGCCCCAACAGUCACAGCUCUUCCAUUUAACAGAUUUAUUACCUGUUCACAUCUUUUUCAGAUACAGAAUAUAUAGCCUGUAUUUGGCUCAUUGUAUCCCCCCCUCCCCCUCCUUACACACACUUUCCUUAUUAUUACCCUGAAAGUCACAUCAUUGACACACCUGCCACUCCCUCCCCUGUUUUGAUGACCAUCUAUGCUUGUCUGCUCUUAGCCCCCCUCCCCCCACUUAUUUUGAAUUCACACUUCAUGCACUUUUAUCACACUUCAAUAAUAUAUCCUCUUCACUAACAUUCUUGACACUUUUCACUGUACACGAGGAAACAUUAUGAAAAAAAGGGAAUGUAUUUAAAAGCUGUCUUUUCACUGUUUUGAGGAGAAUGUUAAUUUGAUAUUUAUUUUUUUAAUCAUUCUUAUUGUUAUUUUAGUUUUGACCAGUAAUCACCUGUUGUAGAUUUGUAUACAUAGAGAAGACUUGUCAAGUUUAUAAUGAAGAGUGGUCACAACUGCCCAUAUAUGUAGACACUAGCAGUAAUGGAUUAAUUUUGAUUCAUAGGUUUAGACUGAAAAUCAUGAGACUUCAGUUUUACUUUUUUGGAUUUUAUGUGGGUAAUGUUUGUGGAAAUUUUUGUUGGAUCAUUGCACACACCCUUUGUGAGUUUACCAUGUUGUCUGAUUGCUAAUGAUGCAUUUGAUUUUGCAUACAAUAAGCUCCAUUCUAACUCCAUGUUAUUUUUACUAUCAUUCUAGUUAGAAAUGUCCCUGAAGGAGGCAUUUAUUUUUUUGUAAUUAAAAUCAAUUCACCAAGAUUUUGCACUUCUGUUUCAAACUAAUGCAAAGUAGCAUGCACGUGUGGAGCACUGUCUAAUCAAGGUUCUAGUUUUUAGGCCAAUAUUCUGGAAAGUUGUUGGCCGUCACUUUGUUUCCAUUAAGAGAUUGAAAUGAUAGAUUGUGAGAUAAUGCAAUUUAAGAUAUUAAUGAUUGGAUACAUUUUUUUUUUGUUUUGUUUUGUGAUGAAAUAUUGAUUUGCUGAAAUUCACUGCUCUGUAAGAUUGAUAUCUUGGGAAAUGAGUUAUCAGUGUUUAAGAUGUGUAUAUACAUAUACAUUUUAGACUAUACAAAAUAGCCUUAGUAAUUGAGUAGCCUGUUAGAUUUCUGGUGUUGUAUCAAGAAGAGUAAUUGAUGGAAGGAGAUAAGGAAGGUGACUUUAGGUACUGAAAUAUAAAACUUUUUUUUUUUUUUCAUUUAUAUUCUGUUUUCUAAAAGCUUAAGAUUGUAGUAUAGUAUUAUUAGUAUACUUAUCUUUAUGAUUUAGUUUUCUAUGUUCAUUUUCUUUUGAUGAUGAUUGGUACUGCUCAAAAUCACCACCAGGAAUGUUUUUUUAAGAAAUAUGUAGCAAUGGGUGGGAGUCUUGUACACUGAAGUAAAGAAAGUAUGUGGGGUUUGAAAACUACUAUUUUUCCAAACACAAAGGAGUAGAUGUUAUUCUAGGUUUGUCUUUUUUUAAGAGCUUAUGAUGCUGUUAUUUUACUGGACCUUUGCACAUUGAAUAAUAAUAAAAAAAAGAUAUCUUUGAUGUGUUAAUAUAUUUUGCUUUUUGUCUUAUUUUGCAACCCAGAUUUCAACAUGUCUUACUUAAAACAUUCUUGUGAAGUACUGAAUUCCGUAACACUUUUUAUGUUUGUAGUAUCUAUUAAAAUGUUUGAAUUUUUGAAGCAAUA